CGGCGCAUCUGAUCGUGUGCUCUCUUGUUCCUCAGGUGCUCUCCUCGCUCGCCUUCUGGCUUUGCCAUGCCCUGCUCUGAAGAGACACCCACUAUUUCACCCAGUAAGCGGCCCCGGCCUGCGGAGGAGGGCGGCAUGCAGCUCCGCUUUGCCCGGCUCUCCGAGCACGCCACGGCCCCCACCCGGGGCUCCCCGCGGGCUGCGGGCUACGACCUGUACAGUGCCUAUGAUUACACAAUACCACCUAUGGAGAAAGCUCUUGUGAAAACGGACAUUCAGAUAGCGCUCCCCACUGGGUGUCAUGGAAGAGUAGCUCCACGGUCAGGCUUGGCUGCAAAACACUUUAUUGAUGUAGGAGCUGGUGUCACAGAUGAAGAUUAUAGAGGAAAUGUUGGUGUUGUACUGUUUAAUUUUGGCAAAGAAAAGUUUGAAGUCAAAAAGGGUGAUCGAAUUGCACAGCUCAUUUGCGAACGGAUUUUUUAUCCAGAAAUAGAAGAAGUUCAAGCUUUGGAUGACACUGAAAGGGGUACAGGUGGUUUUGGUUCCACUGGAAAGAAUUAAAAUUUAUGCCAAGAA